GCGAAGUUCGGGGGAGCUGGUCGCCCCGUCGCCCCGGUCUAUGCGUACCGCGCGCUGAACUCCAGCGCGGUGUUCCCAGAGCUCGGCGGGGCGAAGUUGUUGGACGAUGGCCUCCGGGAGCUAAUCCGCGACGCCGUCCAUGGGCUUUUCGACAAGCACGACGACGGCGACAACACGAGGGGCGACCCGGAGAAGCUGAAGGUUGAGGUUGCCGCUGGGGAUUACAAGGGGGGCAGGGAGGAAAAGGAGUGGAAAGAAAAGGACAUGAAGGGGAGGGGCAUCGACGACCGCGACGACGGGCGCAGGAACCACAG